UCUCUUACGGCUUUCAGUUUCACGCCGUGUCUUCUCUUCGUUUUGGGCAAAUUCGCAAUCAAAACAGCAAGGGAAGGUUCGAGUGAGUGAGUGAGUAUGGCGUCUUCAUUAUCUGCUCAAUUGGUUCAAUGUCAGAAUUCACUUCCACCUCUUCAGGCUAACUUUAGCCAAGAUGUGUCUAAGGUUCAAAGGUCACAUGUGGUAUGUUGCGGUACCAAAUCACCGAUUGGUUAUGGUAAAACAUUGACAUCAAGAUCACAUAAUGCCCUGAGGUUUUCUGUCACGCAACAAUCUGAAGCAAGGUCAAUUCGAUAUAGGAGAAUGACAUGUGUCAAUGCUGCAGAUAGUAUCAAGCUGAACAGUCUUUGUACAGAUGAGAAAGGAUAUGGUUACAAAGGAAGCUCCUUCCAUCGUAUAAUCAAAGAUUUCAUGAUUCAGGGUGGAGACUUUACAGAAGGAAAUGGAACUGGUGGAAUUAGUAUCUAUGGUCCUAGUUUUAAAGAUGAGAGUUUUGCCUUUUCAACACUUUCUUGCUGUGAAGCAUGUCGGUCCUGGAAUUCUGAGCAUGGCGAAUGCUGGUCCUAAUAAUAAUGGUAGUCAAUUUUUCAUUUUCACUGUAAAGACUCUAUGGCUAGACAAUUGGCACGUUGUAUUUGGACAUAUCAUUGAUGGAAUGGAUGUUGUGAAGACACUUGAAUCCCAGGAGACGAGUAGGUCAGAUGUCCCUCGGAAACCUUGCAGAAUUGUUAAUUGCGGAGAACUGCCUAUAGAGGGUUGAUCUUUACGUGGAAGCACAUCACUUCUGAUUUUCAGUUCAAUUUCCAAUUUUCUGAUUGUCCCUUAUUAAUCAUGUUAAUGUGUCUGAAUUAUCAUUAGUGGCUGCCAAAUUGGUUGACUUCCGGAGACACAGCGGAGAUACCACAUCCAUAUUUUGUAUGACUAGACUCAUGCUUAAUCCUUAUAAGAAUAGUAUUCUCUUUUCCA